UGAAACUGGUUAUAGUGUUUGAGUUGAAUGGAAACAGCAGGAGCCAGGAAAAAGAACCAAAAUAUGAAGUGAGGCAAAACUGGAGAAGUGCUGAACACUGAAGCAGAGUAGACUAGCCAAAGAAAUACUGGAGAAAGAAGUAUAAAGAGAAAAGGAAAUUGGGAAGAGAAAGAUUGUGAGGAACAAGAGAAAUCUAAGUUAGAGACAAGCAUACCAUUUAGGCAAAAGAAAUUGAUUUGUUUUAUAAACAAAUUGUUGUGUACUUGAGUCAGAAGGUGGUUCUAUGCUUUGGCACAUUUGAGUUUCCUGGAAUCAUAUGCUCAAAUAAUCCAUGUUCCUUCUUUCAUCUUUCUGAAGUGGUGGGUAUGUUUGCAUUUCCAUUCCUUUUGCUGUUUACUUGUUCCUGAAGCUUGUGGCCUUUGUACAAACUUGAGUAACCCAGUGAGCUUAAGCAUUUAAUUUGCUCUGCCAAAUGGCCCAGUUGCCUUCAAACACUUCAAAGGCAUAGCACUUUAAAGAGCAAAAAUGCAAUAAAUCAUCAUCUAGAAGUGUGCAAUAGCUUCUUAAUGAAUUUUCUAACUGACAUAGAAAAUGUGAAGGAAAAUAUAUUGAAGAUUGCAAAAAGAGCCAAAGGCUCAAGGAGAAAAUAGUAAGAUAAGGAUCGGUCUACGCUGAAAAGAAAGCCUUAUAUUAGGUGGGGAAAAUAAUGUGAUAUAUCAAGGCUGUUUGUGAGUUUUGUUUUGUUUUGUUGUUUUAGAUUAGUGGGUUGUUUCCAGUCAGAACAGGAUUAACUCAAAAAUCAAGUGAGCUGUAUACUAAAAAGUAAGGGCGAGCUACAAAUCUGUGUUUGGGGAAAAUUGUAUGAGAAUAGCCUACACAGUUAGCAUGGAGAUUAGAAUUUUUUGCAAAGAUACAUUUUCUGUAAAGUUAGGGAUUAUGAUCAAGUCUACAGUGAACAUUAGAAUUAUAAUGUAACCCCACUUAUAUUAACUGUUUACAUAACAUUCUUUCUUUAUUCCUGUCUUUAUCCCCAGAUAGGUGCUCAAGGAGCACUGGUAUCACACUGUUGUCUUACAAGUUAGACCUUCCCAACCCCAUUGCCUUCCAGAUGUCAGGAGCAACAGGUCUCAAGAGUUCAAUCCAGCCAGCAUAGGAAAGAUCCAGAACUUCUGAAAAAAAUCAGCGUAAUGAAACAGACUGCUAAAAGAAUGGAUUCUGAAACCCUACAAUAAAAAUCCUUAACACCAGCUGUGGAAUAAAUGCAGAGCAUUUGCCUAGUGCUAAGUGCUACUUUGUGUCAAAGCAGCUAAUCAGACCCUACUUUUCAGUACAGCCGUUGCACACUGAUUGCAGAAAGGCUCCUUGCUCUGAAGCCAUCAAGAGUUGCUAUGGGAAUCAAGAGGGCACUUGGAGACAGGAUCUGGAGCUUGGCUCUCUCCUGUUCUUGGCUGCUAGAGUCACAAGAAUGAAAAAACAUGAAAGGAGGAGUAGAAAGGCGAUGGGAAAUGCCUGCAUAUCCGAGAAGGAGGUUUGUAGUUUGAGACUGCCGAGUGGGAAACAGUGAAGAGACUUAUGCAUCUAGUAAUAGUGGUUCAGUUUCAGUUGGCUGGACCUUAUUUCUGCUGUAAAGUUAAUCCAACGAAUUACAGCCAAACUCUCUCUGUAGCAAACCUUAGGAAGAUGGGAUCCAACUCAUCAGCAUACCAACCCAAGUGUAUUUAUCUGGAUAUUGAUGGAAGGAUUCAAAAGGCGACCUUCAGCAAGUAUUGUAACUCUAGAGAUAUUAUGGAGCUCUUCUGCAUUGCUACAGGAUUACCAAGGAAUACAACCAUUUCACUCUUCACAGCUGAUGACUGCAUGGUAUCCAUUGAUCCCACCAUGCCAGCCAACUCAGAAAGGACUCCAUACAAAGUAAUACCUGUGGCCACUGGACAACAAACAGAGAAAGAAGAAUUGUUUCAGAAUUUGCUGGAGCAGGUGGUUGAGCAACUUUCAAGGGUAUUUAAAAUUGAUGAACUGAAAACUGAAGUAUUUAAUCAACUGGCAAUGCUGGAGAAGAGAGUGGAAUUGGAAGGACUGAAAGUAGUGGAAAUUGAAAAGUGUAAGAGUGACAUUAAAAAGAUGAGGGAUGAAAUGGCUGCAAGAAGUACCAGGACCAACUGCCCCUGUAAAUACAAUUUCCUGGAUGAAAACAAAAAGCUGAUACCCCGGAGGGAUGUCGCAUCCUAUCCUAAGUACAUGCUUUCUCAGGAGACAAUAGGAGCUCUUAGGAAACCAACUUUUGAUGUCUGGCUGUGGGAACCCAAUGAGAUGCUGAGUUGCUUAGAACAUAUGUAUCAUGAUUUAGGAUUAGUGAAAGACUUUAACAUCAACCCUAUCACACUGAAACGGUGGCUGCUGUGUAUUCAUGACAAUUACAGAAACAAUCCAUUCCAUAAUUUUCGACAUUGCUUCUGUGUUACCCAGAUGAUGUACAGCAUGAUCUCACUCUGCAACCUCCAGGCAAAGAUUUCCCAAAUGGAUAUCUUAAUGCUGAUGACAGCAUCGGUGUGUCAUGAUCUGGAUCACCCAGGAUAUAAUAACACGUACCAGAUCAAUGCACGGACAGAGCUUGCUGUGCGCUAUAAUGACAUUUCCCCGCUAGAGAAUCAUCACUGUGCUGUGGCUUUCCAGAUCCUUGCACAGCCAGAAUGCAACAUUUUCUCCAGUGUUGAUAAGGAACAGUUCAAACGGAUAAGACAGGGGAUAAUUACAUUAAUCCUAGCAACAGACAUGGCACGGCAUGCUGAAAUACUGGAUUCUUUCAAAGAAAUCUUAGAUAAGUUUGACUAUUCAAAUGAAGAACAUGUAACUCAGCUGAAGAUGAUACUGAUCAAGUGCUGCGAUAUCUCCAAUGAAGUUCGCCCCAUGGAGGUGGCAGAGCCGUGGGUGGACUGCUUAUUAGAAGAAUACUUUAUGCAGAGUGACCGGGAAAAGUCUGAAGGCCUUCCAGUGGCACCUUUUAUGGACCGAGACAAAGUAACCAAGCCAACAGCACAGAUUGGCUUCCUCAAGUUUGUUCUUAUUCCAAUGUUUGAAACUGUAACAAAGCUUUUUCCAGAAGUUGAAGAAGUAAUGCUCCAGCCACUUUGGGAAUCCAGAGAUCGCUAUGAGGAGCUGAAACAAAUAGAUGAUGCUAUGAAAGAGGUCAGGACGGCUCCUUCUCAGUUACAGAAGAAGAAGAAGAAUGAAAAUUUGACACGUGGAACCAGGGAGAAAUGAAAAGCAAAGUACUGACAAAGCAUAUCAAACAUUACAGUUGAUACAAAGAUCUUUUAGAGGUUUGCCAAGUUCAUCUAAGCAUUGUGGGAUUAUCCAGCGUGGACGAAGGAUGAAGCUGAAUAAUUAACACUACACAAGCACUUUUCACAUUCCUUUUCUAAAGACUAGUAUUUUUCCUUAUGGGUACAAAUGUUAAGGAGCCACCACUGUUGUACAAGAUUUUUUUUUUUUAAUUUUUAAGGUUGCCUUUUAAAUAAUAUAUUCUUA